CCCUCUCUCUAUCUAUCUAUCUCUCUCUCGCACGCACGACGUACACACGCUCUACUACGACACACACACACAAACAUGGCGGCCUCUGUUUCACCGCUACGCUCCUCCUUCAGGAUCUGUAGCCCGUUAACGCUCCACCAUCACUGCUGCAGGGCCACGCUGCGGAUGCACAGGAAAUGCGAGAGUCUCCAGAGGAGAAACCUACACCUGUCGGCGACGAGACAUGCUGCUGUGGUUAUUUCUGGAACAGAGCUGGCUCGUCAGCUUCACAGAGAAAUCCAGCGUGAUGUGGAGGAGCUGGUGGCACAGGGCAACAUGAGACCCCACCUAGGAGUGGUACUAGUGGGGGACGACCCAGCCAGUCGUACCUACGUGAAGAACAAGACCCGGGCAGCCAGCAUCCUGGGUAUUUCCAGUGACACGGUGGUGCGUCCCAGCUCGGUGUCCCAGGAGGAGCUGCUGGAGCUGAUCGACAAGAUGAACCGUGACUGGAGGGUCAGUGGCCUCCUGGUGCAGUUGCCACUACCUGAGCACAUUAAUGAGCGAGCGGUGUGCAACGCCAUUGCUCCAGAGAAGGAUGUGGACGGCUUCCACAUUGUGAAUAUCGGGAAACUGUGUCUGGACCAGAGAUCAAUGGUGCCUGCAACACCUGCAGCCGUCUGGGAGAUCAUCAAAAGAGCAGGUAUUGAGACUGUGGGAAGGAACGUCCUGGUCGCUGGACGCUCCAAAAAUGUUGGAAUGCCCAUUGCAAUGUUGCUGCACACUGAUCGCAACCACGAACGCCCCGGAGGUGAUGCCACAGUAACCAUCGCCCACAGAUGUACGCCGAGGGAGCGGCUGAAAGAGCUGACCAGCCUGGCUGAUAUCAUUAUUGCAGCUGCAGGUGUUCCCAGGUUGAUCACAGCAGAUAUGGUGAAGGAGGGCGCAGCAGUCAUCGACGUGGGCAUAAACCGAAUCAAGGACCCAAACACAGGGAAACUCCGGCUCAUUGGUGAUGUGGACUUUGAAGGAGUGAAGGAGAAAGCAGGUUUCAUCACACCUGUUCCCGGAGGUGUUGGUCCAAUGACUGUUGCUAUGCUGAUGAAAAACACUGUGACUGCUGCCAGAAACGCACUGAUGCAUUGAACACCAACACAAUUUUAUUAAGCCAUUCCUUUUAAUGAGUGCUAUACAGAACAAACACACAUAGAUGCAGACAUUCAUAUAGACACGCACAGAGACUCCACAGACUCUCUGCCAAAAACCUGACACACUUUUAUUUCCAUGAGGUUCAAGACUCCACACCUGCUGGGUGUGAAAAACCUACUUGAUAAUAUGAAUUGAGUUUAUGUUGUUUGUUAUUUAUUUACUUAUUUAAGGUAUUUAUUUCAGAUUCCACUUUUUAUGAAUUUAGAUUGCUAUUUUUUCUACUGAAGUUGGUUCGGUUCAUUUCGAGCGUUCCAGAUUCACUGGAACAGGAAUAAUAAUAAAAAAGGUCUGUGAUAGUA